ACUCGGCGACGACGGCGUUGUCAUGGAGCUGCGGGGCCGGGCUCACGCAUGCGCUGCCUGACUCCCAGGUCUGGUAGUGGAGCCGCGACCCCGGCCGUAGGGUGAUCCAGAUGAAAGGGCCAUUGAUGAACCUACUUCCAACCCAGUAAAACAUGGACAGGAAAAACCCGACCAGGGAGAGCCCCCGAAGACUCUCGGCCAAGCUGGGCAAAGGGACAGAGAUGAAGAAGGCUGCUCGUCAGCUCAGCAUGGCGGCGGCCGACUCAGAUAAGGACUCGGGAUUUUCAGAUGGGAGCUCAGAAUGUCUGAGCUCGGCAGAGCAGAUGGAGUCCGAAGACAUGCUGAGCGCCUUGGGCUGGAGCCGAGAAGACAGGCGGAGGCAGAGCUCCAAGGCUGCAAACGGGCCCUUCUCAGCCCUGUCCCCCAUGGUGGUCAUGAAGAACGUGCUGGUCAAACAGGGCAGCAGCUCAUCACAGCUCCAGUCCUGGACUGUCCAGCCCUCCUUUGAAGUGAUCUCAGCACAGCCCCAGCUCUUGUUCCUUCAUCCGCCUGUACCCUCUCCCGUCAGCCCAUGCCACACUGGCGAGAAAAAGUCAGACUCCAGGAACUACCUGCCUAUACUGAAUUCUUACACCAAAAUAGCCCCGCACCCAGGCAAGAGGAGCCUCUCCAGCAGCCCAGAAGAACGUGGGGAGAGUGGGGUGCAGAAGAAAAUCUGUACUGAGAGAUUGGGGCCGAGCGUGUCUUCCAGUGAGCCCACCAAGUCUGGCACUGUGCCUUCCAGUCCCUCCACUCCAGCCCCACCCAGUGCCAAACUCACCGAGGACUCAGCUCUGCAGGGUGUGCCCUCCCUGGUGGCAGGUGGAAGUCCACAGACUCUGCAGCCAGUAUCCAGCAGCCACGUGGCUAAAGCUCCCAGCCUGACCUUUGCGUCCCCGGCCAGUCCUGUCUGUGCCUCAGACAGUACUCUGCAUGGAUUAGAAAGCAGCUCCCCCUUGUCCCCACUGUCCGCUCAGUAUAGCUCUCCUCUGUGGGCAGCGGAACACCUCUGCCGCAGCCCAGAUAUCUUCACGGAGCAGCGGCAGAGCAAGCACCGGCGCUUCCAGAACACGCUGGUAGUCCUCCACAAGUCCGGCUUGCUGGAGAUCACUCUGAAAACCAAGGAGUUGAUUCGGCAGAACCAGGCCACACAGGUGGAACUAGACCAGCUAAAGGAGCAAACCCAGCUGUUCAUAGAGGCCACCAAGAGCAGGGCCCCGCAGGCCUGGGCCAAGCUCCAGGCAGCUUUAACAUCCAGGUCCAGUCACCCUGGCCGCCAGCUAGAAGCCUUCUCUGACCACCCCGACAUAUAG